AUGAUUGUCCGGCAGCAGCAUGGCAGGGAUGAGUCAAUGCACAGUUGCUGGCCACCUGAUGCUGUAGUUUGGCCUCAGAAUGUGGAGCAAGUCAGCAGAAUGGCCAAACUCUGCUACACACACAACAUUCCCAUCAUCCCUUUUGGGACAGGGACAGGACUGGAGGGCGGAGUUAGCGCACUUAAGGGUGGUGUCUGUUUCAAUAUGACUCACAUGGAAAGGAUCCUGAACCUGAGCACGGAGGACUUCCAUGUGACUGUAGAGCCAGGGGUGACACGGAAAUCCCUGAACACUUACCUGCGGGACAGCGGCCUCUGGUUCCCUGUAGAUCCAGGUGCUGAUGCCUCUUUGUGUGGUAUGGCUGCCACCAGUGCAUCUGGGACUAACGCAGUACGUUACGGCACAAUGCGUGACAAUGUCAUCAAUCUCGAAGUGGUUCUACCUGACGGACGUGUCCUGGACACUGCAGGGAAAGACAGAAGGUUCAGGAAAACCUCAGCGGGUUACAACCUCACCAACCUCUUUGUGGGCUCAGAAGGGACUCUGGGCAUCAUAACUAAAGCCACGCUGCGCCUGUAUGGGGUGCCGGAGGCCACGGUGGCAGCUGUGUGCGCCUUCCCGAGUGUCCAAGCUGCGGUAGACAGCACGGUGCAGAUCCUGCAGUGUGGAGUCCCCAUUGCCAGAAUUGAGUUUUUAGAUGAUGUCAUGAUUGAUGCGUGUAAUAAAUUUAAUAGUAUGAAUUAUCCUGUCCUACCCACCCUGUUCCUGGAGUUCCACGGCACGGAAGCCGCAGUAAAGGAGCAACUACAGCAAACAGGGGAAAUAAUUCAGCUAAAUGGUGGGUCAGACUUCACAUGGGCCCAAGACCAGCAGGAGAGGACCCGGCUGUGGACAGCCCGACACAAUGCAUGGUAUGCAGCACUGGCCCUGCGCCCUGGAUGCCGAGGCUAUUCUACAGACGUGUGUGUCCCCAUCUCUAAGCUCCCUGAAAUCUUAGUGGACACCAGGGAAGACCUCAUUCAGUCUUGUAUUACAGGUCCCAUAGCCGGACAUGUUGGUGAUGGAAAUUUCCAUUGUAUUAUCGUGCUGGACCUGAAUGAUGAGGAUGAAGUGCGGAGGGUGAAGGAAUUCACAGACAGACUGGCCCGGAGGGCACUAGCUAUGCAUGGAACCUGCACUGGAGAACAUGGAAUCGGAAUAGGAAAACGGUCAUUACUGCGGGAGGAAGUUGGGGAAGUCGGCAUUCAGGUCAUGGAGCAGAUUAAGGCAACAUUGGACCCCAAGAACCUCAUGAACCCGGGGAAAGUCGUCGUCUAA